AUGCACACGACCAAGAACGCCGACCCCCGGACGCCCGGCCAGGCAGGGCUGUUUCCACCGGCGGACGCUGCCGAGGAGUUGAAGUCGAAGCCCGGCCACGACCAGGAGGCGUUUCCCAGCGACGCCGACAAUGCCAGCCUCGAGGAGAAGAACGAGAGGGAAGUCCAGCAGCAUCCGCAGGAGGUCACGGCCAGCGCCGAGCUUGGUGUCCAAAAGGCCGAGGCCGCCGCCCUCGUCUGGACCAAGAAGACGGUCUACUGCACCUAUGCGUGGAUCUGGCUCUGCUUCUUCAUGCUGGCUUUCCAGCAGGCCAUUCUCUUCAACGUCACGGCGACGGCGUAUGCCGACUUUGCGUCGGCGCCGGCCAUCGCCACGGCCUCGAUCCUGUCCAACAUCAUCGGUGGAGUCUUGAAGCUGCCCAUUGCCAAGACGCUCAACAUCUGGGGCCGUGCCGAGGGCUACCUGGUCUUUUUCGGCGUCUACCUCCUUGGCAUGGUCAUCCUGGCAUCCAGCGGCGGGCCCGACAGUUACGCCGCCGGCUAUGUCUUCUACUGGAUCGGCUACGACGCCAUCUACCUCAUCCUGGACAUCUUCGUCGCCGACACGUCGGGCCUGCAGAACCGCGCCUUUGCCUUUUCCUUUGUGUCGACGCCCUUCAUCUGCACCGCCUUCACGGGCCCGCUGGCCGCCCAGGCGUUCCUGAGGCACAGCACCUGGCGCUGGGCCAUUGGGUGCUUCGCCAUCAUCCAGCCCUUCGUCUUCGUGCCCCUGGCCGUCGUCUUCAAGUUCUACCAGAAGAAGGCCGAGCGCCUGGGCAUCUACAAGCACCAGCCGAGCGGCCGGACCGCGCUCCAGUCCGUCGUCCACUAUCUCCACGAGUUCGACGUCGUCGGCGCCGUCAUCCUCAUGGCCGCCUUUGUGCUCUUCCUGCUGCCCUUUAGCCUCGUCAGCUACGGCCGCGCCACCUACGACAGCGCCACCUUCAUCGCCAUGGUCGUCGCCGGCGUCGUGCUGUUCCCCGUCUUUGCCGCCUGGGAGAAGUGGUUUGCCCACACGCACUUUAUCCGGUGGGAGCUCUUCAGGCAGAGGACCGUCCUGGGCGCCUGCUGCAUGUCCGCCCUGUCCUACUUCAGCUUCUACUCGUGGGACCUCAACUUUUACAGCUUCGUCCUCGUCGUGUACAACCUCGGCUACAGCGACACCGGCUACAUGACGCAGAUUUACAAUGUCGGCUCCUGCUUCUGGGGCGUCGUCUUUGGCCUCUGGGUCAAGUACACCAAGCACUUCAAGUGGACCGUCCUCGGCUUCGGCCUGCCGCUCAUGAUUCUCGGCGCCGGUCUGAUGAUUCAUUUCCGCGGCCAGGACGCGGACAUUGGCUACAUCAUCAUGUGCCAGAUCUUCAUCGCGUUUGGCGGCGGCACCAUUGUCAUUGGCAACAGCAUGGCCGUCAUGGCCGCCAGCGACCGCGACGGCGUCCCCAUGAUGCUCGCUGUGCUCAAUCUGUUCGCCAGCAUUGGUGGCGCCAUUGGCGACGCCGUCUCCGUCGCCAUUUACUCGAGCACUUUCCCGGAAGCCCUUCGCUCCAGGAUUCCCCAAGACAUGGCCGACCAGGUGGACAAGAUCUACCUCGGCGGUUAUCUCGCCCAGGUUACGUACCCCGUGGGCUCGCCUACUCGAGAUGCCAUCAACUACGCCUGGGGGCAAAGCCAGCGGUAUGGCUCCAUUUCUGCCACCGCCAUUCUGACCCUGGGCAUUCCUGCUGUUGCGAUUUGGAAGAACUACCGGGUGGAUAAGAAGCAGAACAAGGGUACUGUUAUUUAA